UGUGCUUUGCAGCAUCAGGGGAGAACAGACGGAGAAACACUGAAAUCCCUCAUGACGUCACGGGGAGAGAAUGGGAGAGAGUCAGCAGCGCAUACAGGAAACAGCGCUCCCCCUUUAAAUAUCACAGUCAUGCCUCAGAUGGAUCUUUAGAGGAAUCGCAAACCUCCAGAAAAAAAAAAACAGCCGAUAUCCCAUCAUUUCCAUCGUCCACCGCGACAUGACAGGCGGAAUUUAAAAUCACGUCUUUAUACAUCAAAAUUUAGUUUGCCCCCAUCCAGGUCUUUUUGAGCGAACCAUGCCUGAACAAAGCAACGAUUACCGGGUGGUUGUGUUUGGAGCCGGUGGAGUGGGCAAAAGCUCCUUGGUCUUGCGCUUCGUGAAGGGAACCUUUCGCGAGAGCUACAUCCCUACUAUCGAGGACACCUACAGGCAGGUGAUCAGCUGCGACAAGAGCAUCUGCACGCUACAGAUCACAGACACCACGGGCAGUCACCAGUUUCCCGCCAUGCAGCGUCUGUCCAUCACCAAAGGCCACGCCUUCAUCUUAGUGUACUCCAUCGCCAGCAAACAGUCUCUGGAGGAGCUCAAACCCAUCUUCGAGCAGAUCUGCCUGAUUAAAGGGGAUAUAGAGAACAUCCCAAUCAUGCUAGUGGGAAACAAGAAUGAUGAGGUGAACGGUCGUGAAGUGGAGACCAGUGACGGAGAGGCCACGGCCAGGAGGUGGAAAUGUGCCUUCAUGGAGACGUCAGCUAAGACGAAUCACAACGUUAAGGAGCUGUUUCAAGAGCUGCUCAAUUUGGAGAAGCGCAGGACUGUCAGCCUUCAGAUCGACGGCAAGAAGAGCAAGCAGCAAAAACGAGCCGAGAAGCUUAAAGGCAAAUGUGUGGUCAUGUGAAAAACCAAUGUGGUUUUAUUUUCAUGACACUGAAGCUCUGGUUAACACUGUUUACACCUGAAAACAAGAAUGUAGUACAUUUCCAGGAACAAGGAUUCAGCGAGACUGUGGUAAACCUUUCUUUACUCUGCGGAACACAAAACUAACAUUUUUGAAAAAUAUGUUGGCUGCUCUUUUCCAUAUACUGUAGGGUUAUUAAUUAAGGAAUUAUUGUUCUCUGACACAACUUCCUGGGGAAAUGCAUAGAAAACCAAUGUUCAUAAAGUUCUCAUUUUAAUUGCAUAACUUCUGUAGCUUGUGAUGCCGCUGCAGGCUUGCACCAGAUUUCAGCAACCAACAUUUUCUACACUCUUAAAAAUAAAGGUGCUUCACGAUGCCAUACACUGUAAAAAAUGCUUUUCUUACUUACAUUUUUUGUCUUGUUUCCAGCCAAAAUAUCUAAAAAUUCUUAAAUCAAGAAGAAUUUUCAAAACAAGCAAAAAUUAUUGUCUUGUUUUCAGAAAAAAGACAUCAAAUUUAAGUCAGUUUUUGCUUAGAACAAGCAAAAUAAUCUUGUUUCAAGCAAAAACUCAUUUAAUUUUGACUUGUUUUUCUGAAAACAAUUUUCACUUGUCUAGAAAAUCGUUCUUGAUUUUAGAAUUUUUAGAUAUUUUGGCUAGAAAGAAGACAAAAAAUCUAAGUAAGAAAAGCAUUUUUUGCAGUGUAGAAGAACCUUUUUUGUCUAAAUAGUUCCAUAAAGAACCUUUAACAUCUGAAAAACCUUUCUGUUUCUCAAAAGGUUCUUUGUGGUGAAAAAAGGUUCUUCCGAUUAUAAAAAGGUAAGAAAGAGAUGGUUUUUUAAAGACUGAAUGGUUCUUCUGUGGCAUUGCUGUGAAGAACCUUUUAAGCACCUUUAUUUUUAAGAGUGCAGUCUCCGUUUUACUAGACUACAAAAAAUGCCAUGUAAACAGAGUCUGAUGUGCAUGAUCCCAGUGGCAGUACUAAUACCCUUUUUUAUCAAUAAUAUAGACUAACAAUUACAAAUGACAUUUCAAAACAGUAAUAUCCGUCCUGCACAUUAGCUUUAUAGCUGUUGUGUGGAGAACAGCAGACCUUACUCCACAAGCUCGGGCUACAGUAUAUUAAUGUACUGCAUAACAAAUACAUCACGUAUGGCAGUUCAUGAUCGCAUAUAUCGGCUGAAUGGAAACAUGUCAAGGCAUGCAGCCAGUAGUAAAGGUAGUAGUCAACUAAAAUAAGCUAAAUGGUUGUUUCUGUGUUAGCUGUGCAAUUUAUUAUCAAGGUGUUAAGUCAGGCUGCUGUAGUUUUUAUUUCACUUCCAUAUGCCUUAGAUUGGAUUGUAUUUAAGCUUAUAGUUUUCUUUGUAGGCUGUUUUUCUAUUGAUGAGUUUAUAAAUGUGCUUUUUGAAAAGGGAGUUCACUAUUUUCCUAGUACAGUAUUUGUAUCAAGGGAUAUUGUAGUAUCAAAUGGAAGAUCAGACCAUGUAAACUUUUAAUUGUAAAGCUUAAAUGAAAAUUGCACUGCAAAAAAUUAUUUUCUUAGUACCUUUGUCUUGUUUCCUAGUACAAAUAUACUAGUACUAAACGUUGUUCAAACAUCUUGUUUUUCCUUUGAAAUAAGGUUUUCCUUUCCCAGUUGACAAAACUCAUGUCUUCUCAAGUAAAUAUAUCUUAAUUCAAGAGUGUUUAGAUAUUUGUAAUAGAAAACAAGACAAAAAAAGAAAAUCUUUUUUUGUGUUGUGGCUGUUUUAUGUCUGAAUAUUGUACACAAUAAUAUUAAUUGCUGACGAAAUGACUAUAAUAAUUGGCGGUAGUGUUUUUUCGAGUGAACUGACAUGAUCUAUCAACUGCUGUAGCCCUACAUGUUUACACAUAUUUAGUGAAAUAUCAGCAAGUGCUUUUGAGAGUUAUAUAUUUUGUAAUUAUAUAUUUUUAGCAUGACAGGUCUUGUAAAGUGAGCUAUUAAUCAAGUUCUAUACUGUAUUGAAACUCACUUGUCUGGGUAGAGUGAUGUAAACAGCUGUUUAUUAGCUAUAGUACCGGAGACCUUUAAUUCAAUAUUUAACUUGAAUCUGUGCAAAUGUUGCUAAUGAGAAUUGAUGGCGAUAUGUAGCUAUUAUGGAUGCAGGAAUUGCUUAGUCCCAAAGCUUACAGUGGGUUUCUGUUAUACAGUAGGAGUUCUGAUAUAUAAUACUGUUUUGAUGAAAUGCCUGUAUAGACAUCAUGUGUGCCUACAAGUUUAUAUGAUUGUAUUAUAGGUUAUGAGAAUAAAUAAUCAUAUGCAUUUGA